AAUCUCCCAAAAACCGGCCGGCUCAAUAUUAACAUCUCAAAAGGCGAGGUCCUUCGCACCCAAUUGAGAACAAGACUGCUAUGGCGAUAGAGGCCACAAUAUGUCAGUGAAAUACACAAAAACAUUUCACCAAAAAACAAACUUAAAAAAAAAACAUUCCCGCCCAAACCUUCGGCUUACCGAGCACCAAACACAUCCGAACCACCGUGUUUCUUCAGCAGGCCGAUUUCGCCUGCAUACAACACCAAGAGAAAACGAUGAAAACUCUGAGGCUCCAUUGCCAGGCCAGCGUGUUUAGAACCCCUCACAAAUCCACACUCAAUGUUGGCACAACUCGCUAGAAACACCCCCGUGGCUUCCCGGGCAUGGCUACUGACGCACCAGCGCUUUUUUGCUGUCUCGCAGCGCUCCUCGGCGCCACAAGACGAGCCAUCCCAAACGCUUCCCUCAACGCCUGAAAUGAGGUCCGAAUCCUGGUCCCCCGUUUCGUCCAACGAAAACGCCAUCACGCGGAAGGUCGUGGACAUUACCAGAAAACUUUCGGAAACCGGAAAACCCCCUAUUGCUGUUGACAAGGCCUUCCAGAAGCAGUUCCGUGCGGGCACUAUGUACGAUCCAUUUGACUUCUCCAUGAGCAGAGUCGACAUGGAGAAAACCUGGGACAGAAGAAACCGCAACGCCUACGGCAAAUACCAGAAUGGUGCCAACGAUGUGUUUGAGAAGAAUGGAAUCGACCCGCUUGACUUGUACACGAUGCCGGAGAUCUUGUCCCGCUUCAUUUCUUCCACUGGCCAGGUGUUGCCUCGUGAGAUCACGGGGUGCACCUCCAAAAACCAGAGAAAGUUGGGAAUUGCUGUGAAAAGGGCCGUGGCGCUCGGCUUGUUGUCUGCCACGAACAAGCACUUGAAGUUCACGUCCAGAAGAAUCUUGUAGGGUGAUGUAUAUAGUAACUAAGGAAUUUUGUGAUCAUAGUGCUGUAAAGAGGCUAGGUGAGAAAGGAGGGAGCCUCGCUUUCCAUGACAUCCUGGACUCCCAGUUGAUGUGUGUUUCGGAUGGUUUGGAGCUGGGUGGUCUGACUUGCUGAUUGUGGAUCGAUGCUGACUUUAAGUCAUGAAUCUAGCAGAAGGACUGCAAAUGUUCUACUAGGAGUUGUGACGGUUUAACAUGUACUGUUGUGUUUGCAAGAGGUUCUAUACGCUGAGCAAGUUGUGGAUCUCAGAGGUUGCUUCGGGAGUUCGGAUUUUUGCUGAUAAGCCUCUUGAGAUCAAGAGACAUUAGGGACCAUGGUUACGAGUUUGAGUGAGCUACUAUUCCCAAGGGCUAUACAUUUAUUAGAGGUGUAUAUAUUUAUUAGAGGUGUAUAUAUUUAUUAAAGGUGUA